AUGUCACAGGUGGUAAUGACUCGAGGCCCGCGUGACGGGCAGAAGCUCAGCAAGACCGUCACUGAUGCCAGCAAGAUUGAACAGCUCCUUGCCAGCGCGGAAGCCAUCCAGGCCCCCACCUCUAUUAUGAAGGUCAAAUGGACGCAUGACGUGGACGUGAUGACGGUGCAGCUGUCCAAGCCCGUGGGCGUGUUCACCGAUGGCGUGGUGGAGGUGUGGGGCGAAGGCAGACGACUGCGCGUUCCGGGCCAAACUUCGUAUAGCUUCUACCCCAGCAGCGAGUCUGACCAGACAGCCAAGCUCGCGAGUGACGUGGGUGAGCUCUGGAACUCCGCAUGA